GAAAUUUGAUUUGAAUUGGUGAAAGGAUAGGUUUUUUUUAGGAUGUAUUGUUUUUUUUUAUCACAUUUUGUUAUUUGGGUGUUGUUUGUUUCAAAGUAUUUUAGAAUUACGAAUGUCUACAUAGUGAGCUUAAGUUUUGGUAUGCAUGGCACUGUUCGAUACGGAUUCUGUAUUUGAAUUGUCAUAUGAUAGACUUGGAGGCAAGGAGAGAGUUUUGAUCAGGUCAGCUAAUUAAUAAGAGAAAUGGGUAAUAGCUAGAUAUGGAAAGAUACAUGGAGAAAAGUAGUACAAACAUAGCACGUGUUUUUCUUUUCAUUUUGUUGAAUGCAGUGGUUAAGUUAUGGUGCAUUUGACUUUUGGUAGAUAAAGGAUGUUAUUUGUUAGAUUUUGUUUCUUUGGCUUGAUUAUAUUUGAAGCAAAAUCUGUCAAAAUGGAAUAAUGCAAAAUUGGAAUCUAACUUGUUCCUUCUCACCUACCACAAAAUAAUUAUUCUAACUUGAUUGGAUGUAUUCUAUUUCUUUCUGAAUGCAGAGAUUCUGAAAAUGGCCUCUUUAUGCGAAUUGAAAUUGGUCAAAAAUUGAUGAAUUGGGUCCUUCUUGUUGGGGAGCGGAGAACAUUUGAUAGUGUGGAUUCAUAGUACUUGAGGUUUCAGUUGGGUUUGUUUCAGAAGAAAAGUGUUUGUUGAGUGAGAUAGAUGGAAUCUGCAAGGCGUUGGUUUGGUAAAUUCCGAUCUAAAGAUAAGCGGAAGUGUUCGAACAAGGAGGAAACUACAAAUAAAGGAAAAGAAGGGUCAAAAGCACCACCGAGCGAGGAAGGACCUUCAGAUGCCACAAAGCAGAAAGUUGCGGCUGCUAAGCAGUAUAUAGAAAAGCAUUAUAAGGAGCAGAUGAAAAACCUGCAAGAGCGGAGGGAGCGACGAAAUAUGGUUGAAAAGAAAUUGGCUGCUGCUGAGGUUUCUGAGGAAGAGCAGAGCAACAUACUAAAGAAUCUAGAUCAGAAGGAAACAGAGUUUAUGCGCCUUCAAAGGCAUAAAAUGGUUGCUGAUGAUUUUGAACCUCUGACAAUGAUAGGGAAGGGUGCAUUUGGGGAGGUUAGAUUAUGUAGGGAGAAGGCCACUGGGCAUGUAUAUGCGAUGAAGAAGCUUAAGAAGUCAGAAAUGCUUCGUAGAGGCCAGGUUGAACAUGUCAAAGCAGAAAGGGAUCUACUUGCAGAGGUCGACAGCAAUUGUAUUGUCAAACUUUAUUGUUCCUUCCAAGACGAAGAGUUUCUCUAUCUCAUAAUGGAAUACCUACCUGGUGGAGAUAUGAUGACUUUACUGAUGCGGAAGGAUAUAUUGACGGAAGAUGAGGCCAGGUUUUAUGUUGGGGAAACAGUACUUGCUCUUGAGUCCAUCCAUAUGCAUAAUUAUAUUCAUAGGGAUAUCAAACCUGACAACUUGCUGCUUGAUAGAUAUGGCCACAUGAAAUUGUCAGAUUUUGGAUUAUGUAAACCGCUGGACUGCAGUAAUCUUCAUGAGAAUGAUUUUUCUGUGGGAAAUAAUCUUAGUGGGCCUCUCCAAUGUGAUGGGCGUCCUGCAAAGCCAAAGCGCACACAACAGGAGCAACUGCAACACUGGCAGAAGAACAGGAGGAUGCUUGCUUAUUCCACUGUCGGUACACCCGAUUAUAUCGCUCCAGAAGUUUUGCUGAAAAAAGGAUACGGAAUGGAAUGUGAUUGGUGGUCUCUUGGUGCCAUCAUGUAUGAAAUGCUUGUCGGAUAUCCACCUUUUUAUUCUGAUGAACCUAUGUUUACUUGUAGAAAGAUAGUGAACUGGAGAAAUCAUUUAAAAUUUCCCGAAGAGGCAAAGCUAUCUCCGGAAGCGAAAGAUCUUAUAUGUAAACUUUUAUGUAAUGUAGAACAAAGGCUUGGUACCAAAGGCGCAGAGGAAAUAAAGGCUCACCCAUGGUUCAAAGGUACUGAAUGGUACAAGUUGUAUAAAAUGAAAGCUGCAUUUAUUCCACAAGUAAAUGAUGAUUUGGAUACCCAGAAUUUUGAGAAGUUCGAAGAGAGUGAUAAUCAAAUUCCAACCACUACAAAAUCAGGUCCAUGGAGGAAGAUGAUUCCAUCUAAGGAUGUCAACUUUAUGGGAUACACAUUCAAAAACUUUGAAAUUGUAAAUGAUCACGAUGUUCCUGGAAUUGCUGAAUUGAAGAAGAGCACAAAACCUAGGAGGCCCAGCGUGAAGUCUCUUUUCAGUAGGAUCUCUCUCUCUCUCUCGAGCGUGCGCGCGUUUAAAAUCUCAGUUUAUUCUGUUGCCUCUUUUUUUUUCCAAAUCGUUUGACUUUCUCCUUGAAUUUACUUGUUGAAGGAAGAAAAAUAUUAUGACUGUGGUCUACACAUACAGGCAUUUCGGUUUUCUUUGUCUGAGCCCAGAAGCAAACACAAAGUAUUAUAUAUGCCAAUCUGCUUACUGGUAUCUUUUUCUUGAGGGAAGGAAACAUUUAGGGACUAAAGUGACAUCAUGUGCAUCAUAUUUUUUAUAUCUUUUGAAGAAUAUUUGACAUAUAUCCUUUUUUAUUUCCUUUGAAGAAUAUUUGACAUCAUGCGCAUGAUGAUAAAAAAAAUAUGCAUAAUCAUUGCAAUAUUCAUGUGCAAUUGAGAAAUUUUAAAGAUCAUCGGAUUGUAUGAUACCAGUUUGGAUUUGCUGUUCGUAUUAGCUUGGUUUAUGUGGAAAAUUGGUAGAUGCUAUAUGUUUCCAUUGUAUGAUACAUGUAUAGUUGUACAACUGUAUACUUGCAUAUGAUGUUCUUGCCAUGUUUGUGUCCUGUUGUUUGAGAUAUAUUGUAUCAACGCAUCUAUGUUGUGUAAUAUCCCCGUCCCAUAUCCUGUCUCUGCGACUUGCCAAAGAGUCGAUCCACUUCAUUUAUUCUUGUAUUUUUGCCGGUGUGCCCUUGAAACAUGACAUUGAUUAAAACUACCAAGUGAUGAUAUUAGUAUAAGGAUUAUACUCUAUUUUCUCAUCUCCUUGCAUUUGCAUGUUACAGACGACGAGUCGGGUUCUGCUUCCACACAACCUGCUCAAGGGAGCUUUCUCAAUCCUUUGCCUCCUCACUAAUAUGUUUAUAAAAACGGCUCGAAUGGUAAGAUCCCUCAGUCACCCCCAGAAUGAAAGGAGUGAUCUCCAUCAAAUGACCAUAGUCAAGUCAACCAAACAGGAUUAAAUUCUUUCCAAAUGAACAGCUUUUGUUGGGUCUGCUUUCAUUUGAAAAGAGAAAUUUACAGUGAAAGCUCUUAUGGUGAAACCAGUUUUGUGUGUGGAUCUUGAUCUUUUUACAUUAUUUUCUGGAAGUGUAGAUUUUAAUUUUUUUUUUUUUUGUUUGUAGUUGAUGUGUAAUUUUUCUUCUUUCUUCAAGCUGCAGAAACUGUUUACACUGUCACGGUUGUUUCUCAUGUAAUUAUCUCCUCACUAUUAAGUGUACCGAUAUCAUUAACAAUUACAAAAUUGAAAUCUCUGCUUGGAUUUGGUC